UGACAACAAUCGUCAACAAUGGUGGAAACGGAUUCCGUGACAUACAAGGCAGUGUUCGUUUUCUGAGACGAAAAAUUAUCAAUUAUGGUCAAUACUUCACACGAAAUCAUUACUGCGAUGAUAUUGCAAUAAUAUUUCGCUUAAUAUUGUUACAAAACCAUAAGAAUGUGUGAUGUUUGUUCGGAGUUUUCACAGCUUUUACUAAAUUGUGAGGCAAGAUUAACUGACGAUGUUUCCCAAUACCCAACUAUAAGCCAAUACGAACUAGAGACUGUCCUGAACUACAUUAUUUCUUGGCCUCAACGGCAAUGCAUGUGCUGCUACCGAGAUGUAAAAAACUUUGAAAGGUUUUAUUUAGUGGUGCAGAGUAUUUUAUGUUUGUCUGUGUGUCAACUGAAGCUACUCAAGGAUGAGUUGAUAGCUGCAGCUAAGACAUCACCUCCUGAGGAGUGUGAGGAGAAGGCUCAGCCACCUGAAUCGGCCCCACCCAGCAAUGAAGAGAAUAGUGAUGAGCCCAAGGAGGAACAGGCUCAUGUCGAACCUGAGGAGUCUAAAACACCUGCGGAGCCGAGUGAGACUGCAGAAGUUCCAUCCACAGCAUCAAAACCUACAGUCACUGAUGAUGCUGAAAUCUGGUCUUUACAGCAAAAGGAAAAGCUCAUGGCUAUUGUCUCGAAAAUUUUCCUUCUAAAUUUCCCUUUAUACUUAGCUUGUAAACACUCGGCGCUUAGCCGCUUAGAUGACCUGUCUGCUCAAGAGAUUUCAAAUUUAAGUUCUUACUGUGACUUACAUGAUACAGAAAUACCUGCAUAUCUACUACGUAACGUUAGCUUGUUCUGUAAGCUUGGUGGGGUGUGUGCAAUGACGUCAGUAUUUGAGCAUGCAUCGCCAAGCACGCUGCCGCUGUCCAUGGCACAUGCGAUUGUGGCAGCUGUGGGUAAUCUCAAGCUGUGGUUGAACUUUCGAGCUGUGGCACAGCUGUUCAUGCCGUUGAGGAGUAAAAUCUUAAAAUACAUGUGCAGUUUGGAGGACAAAGACCUUAGAGUACCAGCUGUGAAGUCUAUGGCAGAUUUCAUGUGGGGAGCAGCGAAAGAGCCUCUAGACGCUCCUCUCACAUUCGACGCGGACGGUCUAGCGCUUGCCUUCAAAUACUUCAACAGCAGCACCCUUACAAUGAGAUUAGCAGGCGUGGCGCAGAUCAACGCGCAUAUAGCGGCGCAUAAUGAAUUGUGUGCGGGGGAGCCGGCGCAGGAUGCUGAAGUGGCUGGCCAGCAGUUAGCAUCCUGGCUUACACAGAAUAAUAUCAUAGAGCAUCUAUUUGGACCUAAUCUACAUGUUGAGGUUAUCAAGCAGUCCCACAUGAUCCUCAAGUUCCUGGCAGUGGAAGGUCGCGUGACGUCAGAGCACGUGGAACUGGUGUGGGCAGCCGCACAACUGAAACACUGCGGGCGACAGGUGUACGACUUGUUGCCCGGGUUCAUACGUGCGUUGGCGCCUAAGCCGUGCACGCAUCUCUACAGUUUGCUAUGCUCGCUGCCGCCUAAGGAGCAUACUGAACAGAGCCUGUACUUAGCUUCGGCGUUGAUGCGCGCGAUGUGGUCACGCGGCGCCGCCGGCGCGGGCACCCCCCCGCCUGAGGACGCGCGGCUCAAGCCCGCCUGCAAGCCCGGACACUCCUCCAGCGAGGCCAGCGUCAGCAUGGAGCAGACCAACUCUGACGACGACCCGUGUGAAGAGCUAUCCACAUCGGGUGAGGAAGCGGGCCCCACGCCGCGCAAACAGAGCAAACACCAACGGGAACUCACAGCAGAACAAGAAGAGUGGCUCCGCGAAGGGGAAGAGCUGACAAAGAAGGAAUGCGCUACCCUCAAAUCGUGUCAAAAGCGCGGAAAGCGCGCAGGCAGCAGCGGCAGCGCGAGCAGCGGCGCCGAGGAGCUACUGCGGCCGCGGAAGAAGAAGCUCUACAAGAAACGGCACAAGAUCAACAAGCAGAGGCACUUUCUAGCAACACAACUGAAGACGGCCGACUUGGCAGAGUCCGUGUCGGAAGUCGAGGAAGAGUCGUCAGGCAGUGAGACGGCACACUGUCAGCUGUUUAGCGAUAACGUGGACGCCAGCAGGAGGCUGAUGGAACUGCGCCUAAUGGAGAGCUACAACAAACGCCGAGGCGAAGAGGAGGAGGGCAGCGCCUCCUCCGCCAUCUCUCCUCACUCGCACCGCCUGCCCGACCUCGACGAGGACGACUCGGCCUGCGAGGAGGAGUUAGCACGACUCGCCGCGCAGGGUGCAAACAUAGGGUUCAAUAACAAACCUCGGGGAGAAGAGGAGGAGGGCAGCGCCUCCUCCGCCAUCUCUCCUCACUCGCACCGCCUGCCCGACCUCGACGAGGACGACUCGGCCUGCGAGGAGGAGUUAGCACGACUCGCCGCGCAAGGUGCAAACAUAGGGUUCAAUAACAAACCUCGGGGAGAAGAGGAGGAGGGCAGCGCCUCCUCCGCCAUCUCUCCUCACUCGCCCCGCCUGCCCGACCUCGACGAGGACGACUCGGCCUGCGAGGAAGGUCUUCAACCUCGGGGAGAAGAGGAGGAGGGCAGCGCCUCCUCCGCCAUCUCUCCUCACUCGCACCGCCUGCCCGACCUCGACGAGGACGACUCGGCCUGCGAGGAGGAGUUAGCACGACUCGCCGCGCAGGCGCAGUGUCUCACUGGCUACGCGGCCGGCGCGCUGUCCCCCCGCGCGCGGCCGCCCUCCCCCGCCGCGCCGGCGCCGCUGGCCUGCAACGUGGACGACGUGUGCCGCCCGGGCAACACGCUGCUCUGGGACUUGUUGCAGGACGGAGCUAUUGAGCAACUCGGCGAAGGGCUGGCUCUAGAGGCGGAGAAGGCGCUCUGCGCGCUGCUCUGCUUUAGCACCGACAAAUUCAUCCGGAUUAAGUUCAUCGAGGGGUGCCUUGAUAAUCUUGCCAAUCACAGGUCUGUGGCAGUCUCGCUUCGUCUGUUGCCGAAGUUAUUCUCAUCAUUUCAACAACUGCGCGGAAUGGAUAUGCAUCAGGUGGUAAUGUGGGCAGAGCGCGAACGCGGCAUGAUGCGGUUAUUUCUCGAAGACCUGCGUCACUACGUGUCCCAACCGCGGGCCGCGGGCGAGGCGGCGCAUUACGCGCAUAUCACAGAGCUUACUGUUCGACUGCACUUCCUCACUGCCAUCUUCUCGCCCGUCGGGUCGCCGCAGCACUUCCGGUUAACAGUGGAUCAAGUAGAAGAGCUAUGGCAGUGCCUGGUGGUCCGCGGCACACCAGAGUGCGCGGACUGCCUCUACUCCUGGCUGCUGUCGCACACCAAGUCGCCCGAGCAGCACGCGCUGGGCCUCGACGCGCUCCGGUUCCUCUUCAUCGAGAAGAUGCCCACCCUGGACCCUGAGACGAUAAGCAUCAUGGGCCUCAGCCUGUACCAGCAGCUGUGCAACCUGGCGCGGAUGGCGCUGGGCACCGGCGGCACCGGCGACGCGCACCCGCACACGCUCGCCAUCGACCACCUGUGGAAGAUCGCUCUCCGCGCCAACAGCACCGACGUUUCCAUGGGCGCCAUUCAAUACCUGAACAGCUACUACAUGGGCCAGCAAUUACUACAAGAGGACGACUUCGUCUCCAAGUGCAUGUUCCAUCUCUCCUCCGCAGCCGAGAGGCUCAUAGUGAAAGAGCAGGACGGCGAGAGCUCGAUACCGUCCAUGACGUGCGAAGAGAAGACAGAGACGGAGAAGGUUCCGGAUAAACAGAACAUCUAUGAGCAUAUGACGGAGGAUGCGGCGUUGCAGUGUGUGCAGAGGGCGCUGCUGUUGUUGAAAACACAUUUGGAUACAUUUAAAAGAAGAUAUGCAUAUCACCUCCGCCGCUGGGCGCUAGCGGAGUCCGGAGCCUGGGAAGGCACGGGCGGAGCCGGCACGGUCCGGCUUACUUUACAACCGGCCGGCGCCGGGCCUCGUGCGUCGCUGAGCUUACACCACUCCGACCUUGUCGCACAUCUACGUGCCCACGUUCACUGCUGGUGGGAGCGACAGAUACAAGGCGAGGAGGGUGUAACGGCGCUGGCGACGGACGGCCCGCUCCGUAUGAUCACACAGGGGCAGGAGCUGACGAUAGACUACGACGAGAGGACGCUUUACGACAUGGGGUUUAAGGACAACCAGCUGGUGUUCGUGUCAGUGGGCGUGGGCGCACGCUCCGCCUGGGCUGAGUGGCCGUCAGCGCAGCCCGCGCCGGCGCGCACUCGUCUACCCACUCUGCUACUACUGGACCCCGCCUACUUCAACCAUCUCUUCACGCUGAUGCAGGCGCUGGGACGCAUGCGAGAGCCGGGCGCUAGCGGGGAUUCAGUAGCGCACACGAAAGCUCAACUCUUGUCCCGGCGGGUCUGGGACAUACUCCAAGCGGUACCACUUAACCCGACUCUGCUAGAAGCCUUCCAGAACCCAAUAGAAAGCAAACUACCAGAAUUGCUUGACCCGAACAGUCCACAGAAGCUCAUGUACUCUCUACACAUUAUUGAUAAGCUGAGUUCUAAUAAUAAUGGUCCGCCUACGAAAGAACCUUCUGGAAGCGAGAAGACUGAAGAAGAAAAAGUUAACGUAGAAAAUUGGAAUGAUUUGUUCAUUAAGAAAGGCGGGCUGAGGUUGUUAUAUGACAUUAUGAUGUCGGGUGUGUUACAAAGGAGUGAUGACAGCGAAUGGAGGCAGGAUUGCCUGGCGUUGUUGUUGCAGUUGCUAUGUCGGAUUGGAACGCUGCCUUCUUCGGAUCCAUCGCAGACACCUAAGUUGCAUCCGUCAUUAUUAUCAUUAAUGAGCGUGGAGGAGACAACAGAAAGACUGAUUUCAAUACUGUGCGAAGCGGCGACGUCAAAAGAACCAACCACGUACAAAACGGGGUUCUGGGGUCGAGCGCAGGUUGUACAACACGCGAUGCGUAUGUGCGUGUGGUGGGCGCGCGGCGGCGGCGACGCGGUGUCGCUGGCCUGGUCGCUGCGCCGCGCCGCGCCGCGCCUGCUGCUCGACGACGCCGACCCAGCCGUUCGCCGCGAAGCCGGCGGCGCCCUCUACCGGCUGUGCUCGCGCGGGGAGGUGGCGGUGCUGGCGCCGCUACUGCAGCUGCUGCUCGAGCAUCUGCCCCGCGCCGCCGACAUGCGCCACCAGCAUCAGCAACAACAUGUCGACGUGGUUCAUCAUCACACAGAAGAAGGCAAGGAGCCGUAUGGGCCCGCGUGUCGGGACUACUUCUGGCUGGUGUGCAGGUUGAUUGACGGGCUUCCUGAGGACUUUUUCAAAGAAGGCGCGACAUCCGAAGACAGCGGCGCGCCGGACUUGAACGAGUUGUGCGAACAAAUCCGCUCGUCCCUCGAGAAACGGGAAAUCAUAGAGAAGAGGACAGAGCCUUGUACGCCCGACGACGGUCUCUAUGGACAACUCAGUCUACUAACACAUUUGCUCAAGCAUCCGUUGAGAUUCAAGACUUCCGAGCAGGGUACUAGGACGUUAGAAAUGGUGUUCUCGUUUCUGUUCGACGUGCCCAAUCCGGAGCACCGCAACCUGCCGAAGUGCAAGUCUCAAAAGUCGCGCUCCGCGGCCUAUGAUCUCCUGGUGGAGCUGGUGCGCGGCGCGCCCGACAACUACAUGGUGCUGCAUAACAAGUUGAUGGAGCAUCAUAAACCUGGUCCACAAUCCUCGUAUCCCUGGGACUACUGGCCGGCGGAAGAGUCCCGCUCGGAAUGCGGCUACGUCGGGCUCACGAACCUCGGGGCCACGUGCUACAUGGCGUCGUGCAUGCAGCACCUGUACAUGAUGCCGCAGGCGAGGGCCGCCGUGCUGCGCGCCGAUCCCGCGCACAGCCGGCACGGCGCCACGCUGCACGAGAUGCAGAGGAUGUUCGCUUACCUUAUGGAAAGUGAACGAAAAGCCUACAACCCCCGCAGCUUCUGCAAGGUGUACCAGAUGGACCACCAGCCCCUGAACACCGGGGAACAGAAGGACAUGGCGGAGUUCUUCAUCGACCUCGUCUCCAAGCUGGAGGAGAUGACGCCCGAGCUGAAGAGGCUGGUGAAGACGCUGUUCUGCGGCGUGCUGAGCAAUAAUGUUGUUUCAUUGGACUGCCCCCACGUGUCCCGGACUCUAGAAGAGUUCUACACAGUGCGUUGCCAAGUAGCCGACAUGCGCAACCUGCACCAGAGCCUCGACGAAGUCACGGUCAAGGACACGCUAGAGGGAGACAACUGCUACACGUGCUCGCAGUGCGCGGCUAAAGUGCGAGCUGAGAAACGGGCCUGCUUCAAAAAACUCCCCCGCAUCCUCUGCUUCAACACGAUGCGGUACACGUUCAACAUGUUGACCAUGCUCAAGGAGAAGGUCAACACUCACUUCUCCUUCCCCAUGCGGCUGGACAUGUCCGGAUACGUCGAGAAGCAUCUCAUGCCGGCACAGUACCAAGAAGAGAAAAGGAAAUCUGCGGACAUGAAAAAGGAAGGUGACAGUAGUCCUAGCACAGAGCCUGAAGAUAACUUGGAAACAGAAGACCAUCACGAGUACGAGCUAAUAGGCGUGACAGUGCACACGGGCACGGCGGACGGCGGGCACUACUACUCGUUCAUCCGCGACCGGCAGCACGCGCACCACGACCGCUGGCUGCUCUUCAACGACGCCGAGGUCAAGCCCUUCGACCCGGCGCACAUCGCCGCCGAGUGCUUCGGCGGGGAGAUGACGAGUAAAACCUACGACUCCGUGACGGACAAAUUCAUGGAUUUCUCAUUCGAGAAGACGAACAGCGCGUACAUGUUGUUCUACGAGCUGAGUCCGCCGCGGAGCCAGCGCGGGUCCGAAUGCGGCCCGCAGGAAGAGGCACAGUCGUCGACAGCGGGCGAGUCACCGCAGACGGUGGAGCGGCGAAGCGACGCGACGCCCAGCGUCAAACUACCCCCAGACUUACUCAAAUGGAUAUGGGACGACAACAUGCAUUUUCUGCACGACAAGAACAUUUUCCAGCACGCGUAUUUCACGUUCAUGGGCCAGAUGUGCAGUUCAGUGCCGCAGUCGCUGAUGACGCUACGGCCAGAGGUCACUGAGGUCGCGGCCCGGCUGUCUACGUCUUUCUUCAUCGAGACCUUUAUACACGCCAAGGAGAAGCCAACGAUGGUGUCGUGGGUGGAGCUGGUGACGAAGCAGUUCAACGCGUCGGCGGCCGCGUCCGAGUGGUUCCUCGGGCACAUGGCGGACGACACGUGGUGGCCUAUGCAGGUGCUAAUAAAAUGCCCGAACCAGAUGGUCCGUCAAAUGUUUCAGAGGCUAUGUAUGCACGUUAUACAAAGGCUCAGAUCUAGUCAUUGUGCCUUAUACCUGCAGGGUAUGGAGGAGGGCGAGGAUAAUAGCAAGUUUGGUGAAGCGAGUUGUGUUACUAGGUUUAUAAGAAUGUUAUUGUCACUGAUGGAGAACGGAGCGCGGUCUCACCUGCGACACCUCACCGAGUACUUCAGCCUGCUGUACGAGUUCAGCAAGAUGGGCGAGGAGGAGGGCAAGUUCAUGCUGCGGAUCAACGCCAUCGCCAGCAUGGUCAGCUUCUACCUGGGACAGAACACCGCUACGGUGGAAUCACCAUCUGAAGAAGCGGGCGGCAGCGGAAGCGGAAGCGGCAGCGGGAACACAGAAAGCGCGGGCGACAAGCUACGACCGGGCGCUCUAGACAAAAUGGUGGCGCUAGUGGCGGGGCUUGUGGAGCGGUCGAGGGACGCCAGCGGGCAUUUAGCGCUGCAAGAGGCUGAUGCUAAGGCGUUGCUUCAUGCGAAGGGCUUCCCAUUCAUCUACCAGCAGACCCGCGACUGCCUGAGCCUGCAGCAGACGCGCGCGCUGGUGUUCGCGCUGUGCCGCUGGAACGAGCCGCUCGCGCAGAAGAUCGUCAGCAUGAUCUUCCAGGCCAUCGCCAAACACUCCGAGAGCUGCGGAUCCUUCUUCAAGUUGCUGACGCUAUUAGUAGAAGGAAGCGGCGGCGGCGCGGGCGCGAGCGGCGGGCUGCCCUGUUUUACCCAACUAGUGCUGGCGCGGUUAUGGGACUGCGCGGACGUGUGUCCACACGCUGCGCUUGAGUGGCUCGCGUUACAGGUCCCUCGCAACAAGGCGGCGCACGCCUGGGCGCUGCGCACGGCGGAGCGCUGGGUGGAGCCGCAGCUGCUGGCGGCGCCGGCGGCGCGCGUGCGUGCCGCGGCCGCGCUGCUGCUGGUGGCGCUGGUGCCGUCGCAGCACUUCCGCCAGGGCUACGCGCGCGCGCGCCCGCCUCCCGCCGCGCCGCACCAGGCCAAGCUGCCCGACACCGCGCACCACACGCUGCACCAGGUGUACACAAUGCUCCUGGGCAAGCUGAAAGCGGCGCGGAAGUACACCGACAUAGCGGUGCACGGCACCAUGAAGCUGACGGCAUACUUCGGCGUCAUGUCCUACUGCGUCGUCAGCCGCGUCGAGAAACUCAUGUUCGGCCAGUACUUCAACGAUCUCUGGGACCUGUACCACCCGGCGAUAUCAGAGCCCUCUGUAGCGGUUCAUCCGAACAAACAGGCGCUGUUAACGUUUUGGCACGCCGUAUGUGUUGAUUGCGCAGAGAACGUUCAACUAGCGGUGGCGAAUCAGCGGCUCACGAAGCACAUAGCCUUCAACUAUAUACUUGCCGACCACGAAGACGGCGAAGUGGUAGCGUACAACCGCGCUAUGCUCCCUCCCUACUACGCUCUCCUGCGGCUCUGCUGCCGUCGCUCGGGCGCGUUCGCUCGCUCGCUCGCGCAGCACCAGAACAUACACUGGGCCUUCCGCAACAUCGCGCCGCACGCGCACCUCUACCCCGGCGCGGCCGAGGAGCUGCUCAGGCUAGCGCGUAUCCUUGCCGCGCGCGGCAGCGGCAGCAGCGGCAACAGCAACAGCAGCAGCAGCAGCGGGGAGACCGACGGCCGGGAGGCGGCAGCCUUCAGACGCAGCACGCUCUCCGCGUAUCUACAGGGUUUAAACGGCAGGACGUGUUGGACGACGCUCAUAUCGGCGUUCUGCACGCUGGUCGAGAACGAGGACGACAGGCUGUACGUGGUGUAUAAUGGAGGGCUGCAGAUGACCUUCGAGGCGUUACACAGUCUCCACGCAGUGGUAGUGGAAGGCGGCAGCGGGUCGCACGGCGUGCGGGAGGAGCUGCUCGCGGCGCUGCGCUGGGCGCGCGCGCUGUGCCGCACGCUGCGCACGCGGCGCGACGCCAAGGAGGCGCGCGCGCUGCUGCUCGCCUGCAAGGACUGGCCCGAGUGCGCGCGCCGCCUGCUCACCAUGCUCAACCUGCACGCGAGGCCUAAGCAGCUCCGGGACCUCGCGUUAGGCGUGCUGCGCGAGCUGGUGAUGGUCGGCGGCGGCGCAGCGCUGGGUGCGCUGGUGCCGCUGGCGGCGGGCGUGCACGGCGCGCGCCCCGCCGCCCGCGCGCGCGCGCCGCCCGGCCACGCCCGAGCCCCGCCCGACGUCUACCGUCCCUACCACAAGUUCAUCGACACGUGUUGCCGAGUGGCGUGGCGACAACGCUGCAUGUCGGAGCAGCUGGUGCUCCUGUCGGCGCUGUGCGCGUUAGAAGCGGUGCCGCUGCGGUUCAACUACUUCGCCGCCUUCUGGUACGAGGUCGCCACCACGCCGGGAGACACGAAGCUUGAAGAGAUGCUUCUGGAGUGUAGUGUAGUGUCGGAGUACGUUGAUGCGGUGUUCGAUGAGCGGGAGUCGCUCGAGGACCCCGCCAUAUACGACUUCGUGAGACAUUAUUACCCUAAGUUAAGCGGGUGCGGCGCGGCAGCGGGUGCGGCGGCGCUGUCGGAGGAGUUGUGCGGCUGCGCGGCGCGCGCGCCCCCCUCCCCCGCCGCCCUGCCCCGCGCGCGCCUGCCCCCGCCCGCCCUGCGCGCGCUGCUGCGCGCCACCGCCACGCUGCAGCACAGGACCGGUGAGUACAUCUAA